AUGUGUCAAGGACAACAUGGUAUCUGGUCUUGUGAGCAGUUUAAGAAACUUGAUGUGUCUCAAAAAUGGAAUUUUGUUCGUCAGUCAAAGUUGUGUUAUCGUUGUUUGGGGUCAGGUCAUUUUGGAAGUUCAUGUAGGAGGAGUCGACCCUGCAGUAUUGACAAUCGUUCUGAAACGCAUCAUAGACUACUACACAUUGGAAGUCAAAAUAUAAACCAGAGUGCAAACAGGUAUCAGCAUGUCCAAUCUGCAUCAGUGUUGAACCGAAAUGCUCCAGAAUUUUGCCCACCUAAAGACACUCGGAGACAGAACUCCUCAGUUAAUUCUGUUGUAAACAAUAAUGUUGAUACCCAGAGAUUGGUGAAUCAAGACAGAACUUUAACAUGUCAUGGAGGGGAGCCACAGUUCAUUGCAUUGAGAACCAUUCCAGUUAUUGUGAGAAAUGGGUCAAAGACAGUGAGAAUUAAUGCAUUGCUGGAUGAUGCCAGUACGCGAACGUACAUCAACUCAGAUGUUGCAGCAGAAUUAGGCCUACAUGGUAAAUUGCAAAGAGUGACAGUCGGAGUUCUAAAUAACAAAACUGAGUCAUUUGAAACAAUGCCUGUAGAAUUCCAAAUAGAAAGCAUUGAUGGCAAGAUUAAAACCAAAGUGGAAGCCUUAACAGCAAAGUUACUGGUGAUAUGUGUGUAG